CGUCCGCUCCGUUGAGUAGUACGUGCCGUGUCUACUUUACCGUUUAGUGACUCGUGUCGUGUGCGUGUGUCGCAAUAUCAGAGUUCAAUUCAAUUGAAACACACGAGAUUUAGGCAACAAUCAAAAGAUUUGACAUUGUGAUGAACCUUUUCCUCCGACUGUUCGAGAGGUGGUUGACUUGGGGAUGAGGAGGAGCUUGAGUUAACGACGAGCUGGCAAAGUUAAGGCAGAUCUUUUAUUACAUGAGACAGAAGACGCUGAUUUUGGCGCUUUCUUGUGGGGAAAUUGACAAGGAGGCAGCAUAAAGUGUCAGUUCAACGGUCGGAGGCGAGUGUUCCUGUUAUUUCGUUGGUCUGGGCUGGACAAACAACGUGUAAGGAAAGUCGAGCGUGCAGGCUGUAGUUCAGGAUGGUUGUUGAGGGAGAUACCACCUCUCAGUCCAGCGGUGUGAGGCUAAAACAGGAGAUCUCCCUCCUCCAUGGCGUCUGUCUCAUCGUGGGGAACAUGAUUGGCUCUGGCAUCUUUGUCUCACCUAAGGGUGUUCUCAUGUAUACAGGUUCAUUUGGCUUGUCUCUGGUGGUGUGGGCCAUUGGGGGAGUAUUCUCUGUUUUUGGAGCCUUGUGUUAUGCAGAGCUGGGAACCACCAUCCAUAAAUCUGGUGCAUCUUAUGCCUACAUUCUGGAGGCCUUUGGUAGAUUUUUAGCAUUUAUACGAUUGUGGACGUCCUUGUUAAUAGUAGAACCAGCCUGUCAGGCAGUGAUAGCCUUGACUUUCUCCAACUAUCUAGUCCAGCCCUUCUACCCUUCCUGUUCAGCCCCUUAUGUUGCCGUCCGCCUCAUUGCUGCUGCUAUCAUAUGUUUGUUGACUGCUGUGAACUGCAUGAAGGUGAAGUGGGGAGCUAUACUGCAGGUCAUCUCCACUGUAGCUAAGGUUCUCGCUCUGAUCAUUAUCAUCAUCGCCGGCCUUGUCAAACUGGGACAAGGUUUUGACCAGAACUUUGAGAACUCGUUUAAAGGCUCCAAGCUGAACCCUGGUGACUUGGCCUUGGCUCUUUACUCAGCACUUUACUCCUACUCUGGGUGGGACACACUCAACUUCAUCACAGAGGAAAUCAAGAACCCAAAGAGGAACCUGCCUUUGUCCAUCGCCAUCUCAAUGCCAAUUGUCACAGUGAUCUACAUCUUGACCAACGUGGCCUAUUAUGUUGUAAUGGACGCAGACAAAGUGCUCAGCAGUGAGGCUGUUGCUGUGACGUUUGCUGAUGAGGUGCUGGGCUGGGCCCGCUGGCUGAUCCCUCUGGCUGUGGCUAUAUCCUGCUACGGGGGCCUCAACUCCUCCAUCAUUGCUGCCUCCAGAUUGUUCUUUGUUGGAUCUAGAGAGGGCCAAUUACCCAGUGUUCUUUGUAUGAUCCACAUCAGUUGUUUCACUCCAAUUCCUGCCCUACUUUUUAAUGGUGCCAUGUCACUGUUGUUUCUGUCGGUGCCUGAUGUGUUCCAGUUGAUCAACUACUUCAGUUUUAAUUAUUGGUUGUUUAUUGGCCUCUCUAUAGCUAGUCUGAUCUACCUGCGUGUCAAAGCUCCAGAUCUGCACCGACCUGUCAAGCUCUCACUCUUCUUCCCCAUCGUCUACUGCAUAUGCAGUGUGUUCCUGGUUGUGGUGCCACUGUACAGCGACACCAUCAACUCCCUGGUAGGAAUCGCUGUGGCGCUGUCUGGCGCACCAGUAUACUACUUCUGCCUCCACCUGCCAUCCACCUCCAGACCUGCCUUCUUAAGGAAAAUACUAAAUAAGGUUUCCCUCACCACGCAGAAACUGUGUCUUUGUUGCGUGGCCUCGCCGGACAUCGAUCUGGACAACAUUGACACAGAGAAAGUCAAAUGAAAGAGGGUCUGGACAGAGGGAAGAAAGACACAGGACUGAGAGAAGCUGCAGACAAUCAGCAUUUGGACUAGAUGAGACUGGGUGCGUUUUUUUUUUUUGUUUGUUUUUGUUUUUAAUGAUAUGGACGGUGGAACAGACCUCUGCUCCUUUCACAAAUGAGCCACAUGUCUGAUGUAUUUUAUACCUGACAAGCCUCCAGAUUGAAGCACUACACAGGUUUUACUGCACAGCCACACAGCAGCACAGUGUGCAGUGAGGUCUGUGCUGUUCACGUCACAUGCAGUAACAGGACCAAAGACCUGUCGAUCACUUUCCUUCCAAGCACAAAAUGACAAUUUGGUUUCAUAGAUUGUUGCUCCACCCAACGCUCACAUUUCUCACCACCCCACUGAAGAAUUCACAGAUGAGACUAACGUCUGACUAGACAUAUCUAGAUGCCUCCGUUGACCUUGUCGAUCUAUUUUCUCCUCCUUGUUCUCGUGCAUGUUUUGUACUGAGCGUCCAAUUGGUUUUUCCUCUGUACCGAGUUUCAUUAACCAGCAAAUUAUCCCAUGAUCUAUGGUAAAAGCCAAAAAAGGGCACUUCCCCCCCAUGGUCUCGAAUGGUGGCAUCGACAUAAGUCUGUGUGACCAGAUCUAAUGUUAAAUGUGCCCUAAAAUCAAGUCCUCUGUUGCUGGAGUUGAAUAUUUAAUUUGUCUCAGUUUGAACGAUUGAUCAUGAUGUGCAGACAAGACAAGACGACUUUAACUCCCCUCCAUCCUCAUCAACUGUAAUACCUCUGAGUCCCAUCGACUCCAAACUGCUUUCUUCCCUCCAACUCACUGUAGCUGUCUUGUUAUUGAUGCUGCUGUGCCUCGCAGGAGGAACAUGUCGCUCACUAUUGUUCACUUCCAACUGCAGGGGACACUUGACCAGAAACACUGAAAUGGUCACUGACCACAAAACACACUCUAUUUAAAUGACUGUAUUUAACCAGAAGGAUUUUUCCAACUGUUGUGCGUAGUUGCGUAGAUGGAUGUUGUGACUUUUACUCUAAGACCAGUCAGCUGCUGCUGAAGUGCUUUGUUGUGAAGGGGUUUAAUUCUACAUUGGCAGAAACGACGUCCUGUGUUUGCACACACCAGAGACAUGUGAGACGACUUAUUAUUUACCAAAGCAUGGUUAGACUCAGUGGCCACCUGCGACAUUUUUUGGGCUGAUUAGAAAAUGUUGCAGUUUCUAAUCCAGUAGUCGGCUUUGCUGCGCCUUUAUUUCAUUUCCAAAGAAACUGACGUAGAGCCAGCUCCCAGCAGUAAUGAAUAAUAACACAAAUAGCUGCUGUUCACUGAGUUGAUCGCUAUGUUUACAUUCGCUGCAUCCAUUAUUUUCUUGGACCAUCAGAGUAAUGACAAUCUGCUGAAUCACACACAAAAAAUACAUUUGUUUCUGCUGAGCAAGCAGCUGGACAUGGGUGUCUCCCCCUGCUGACCAGCUGUAAUUCUGCACCUUCACAACCUUUUCCAGGUGUCUUCAUAAGUGAAUUUUGGGAGAUAAUCUUUUUUUUACAUACUUAAGUCUAUGCAACAUGUUUUCUCAGCUGUAUCUGAUUUUUGCCGCCACCUAGUGGCGACAUUUUGUCGAAACUUUUUGUCUGCUUGUGUUACUACAUUCUUUAUUUUUCUUAUAUUUCUUAAGUUUCCUAGACUAAAAUCAAAUGAUUCGAGUCAUCUGUCUGUCCAUUUUCGUUCUUUGUUUUAUUUUUUGGUAAUUGAUGCAAACCUCAGGAUCAAAUAAGUUGCUUGUUUUUUUGUUUCUUUGUUUUGUUUAAUUCUCAUCUCUUUUGGCAGCAUCGUGAGCCUGUAGCUGAGUGUCUCGGAUUUUGAUGUGAUAUAAUCUACCCCAGGCAGAGGUUCUGUAAACUGUGCCAUCAGUGCUCUGGUCGUUGUUGACAUUUGUGCCUUCUGUUAUUGUGGUCUGACCAAGGCCUGGUCUUAUAGUCUCACUUUGUAAUGUUUAAUCACAGUGUCUUAAGCACAGUCAUAUUGACACGCCAGUGUACACUGUGUUUCCAGUCAGAUGUGGCUGUAGUUGCUUCAGUGUCAGCGCCAAGUGAUUGUGAUUUUUGCAUCACCAACAUUCUUAUAAAACCAGCCAGUAGAGGAACAGGUAAUUAGUUAAAUGUUGCUUUCUGUGGUGUGUGGUUUCCUAUAAAUAUAUAUAUAUCAAUAUAAAUAUAUGCUGCAUAUAUCCACAUAUUGUCCGGUUAAUCGAAUUGUUCUCUACACAGAACCACGUGUUCAUUUAUUUUGGUACCAAAUGUGGGUCUUCUCUUUCCACACCUUGUGUUCUGUGAACUUAUAUGGUUGUUGUUUUUAUUUAUUUGGUUCUAAGUCGACUUCCGUUGUCCCACAGGGUGGGAGAACUGUGCUGUGUUUUUAUUCUAAUAAAGGCACCAACAGACUGUGCGUCAUAAAAAUGCUCAGUCAAAUUCACCUUAAUAAACUUUAACAAUUUUCAUUUCUA